UAUAUAUAUAUAUAUAUAUAUAUUACUCCUAUCUUUAGUAUUAUAUUGAGACAUUUAGGAUACCGCUAUGAAUUAACAUAAAAGGUUCAAACUCAUUUCCUACGAGACUGAAACAGAGCUCACUCCAAGGUAGCUGUGUUUAUGUAAGGGUAUACUUACUCUAAAAUCAAUUUUCAAAUAUUGACUGGUCCAUUAUAACAUAAAUUGAUGCCUUUCCUACAGUAACAAGUUAACACAGAAACUAAGAUCUUUUAAGUUUAAUUUUUGCUGUCAUCAAUGUGGAGCAGUUGCUAAUUUUCCUCGACAAAAAGGUAUGAAAGUAGUGGUACAAGUGAGAUGAAUGUGGGUUGCUCUAGCAGAUGAAGAGACAAAUAUGAACUGAGAAAAAUUGUAAGAAAGAGGGAAGCAAGAAAUAGUUAGGAAAUUGAAACUGAACAUGUUUUUAUUGGUAGUUUGCCUUUAAUCCCUUGUGUUUAGGGUCCCCACUGAGCUGAAUAAAAUCAUGUGACUUUAGUCAAAUAAAAUAUUAAAAUUGGCAUCCCAUAGUGAAGGGGGUGAAGAACAUGUCACAAGGCCACUACAUGUAUUAGGAUCUAUAGAGUAAUGGUAGCCAAACAAAGGCUUAAAUAGGACACUAAAUUAUAAAAAUUGCCCUUUUUUCUUUAUUAAUUUAUGAUUAUUUGGUCAUACAUUAGAGACAAUGUUUUUGGUAUUACAAUGAUCUCAAGUGAAAUAUAUCAUAAAUACAGUACAGUAUCAUAAAAAUCAGCAACAUCAUGAAUUUUCUUUCAACACCAUCUACCAUUUCUAAGUCAGUAGGGUUGAAUAGCUGUAUCAAACCUUGGUGGAAUGAGAAAAUUAUUAUAGACAGUACUAGAAAAAUAAGUAAAUAAACUCCUUAAAGUUAGUACAGUAUACAAUUCCUGUUGUGUAUGACAAAAAUUAAAUCGGGAUCAUAUUGGCAAAAUCUUCACAUCUUCUUCACUAAGCUGCUUCAUUUUUAGACCUUUGUUGCCCAUUAACUCUUCCAUUAUUCUCCUUUGUGUGUGGUCUCUUUAUCCCUCUCUGGCACACUGCUGACAAUUACUUUGUACUAAAACAAUUUAGCUGUUGACUCGAAUCACCUCUUUAAUUAUCUACCUCUUCCCUUCCUACCUAACUCAUCCAUGUAUCUUUAAAGAAUUUCUUCACCCUAUGUAUAUUUCAGACUUAUUCUGUCCAAUUUUUUUUUUCUAAAUUAUUCAAAGGUAUACAGUGUAGUAGUGUGUAUGAUUUUAAAAACUUUUGAACCCUGAUAAGCUUGCAUUUUUAUCUCUUUCUUAUUAAUUAAUGGGAUUUGUUUUCUAAAUAGAUUUUACUGCACAAAAUUACUACAGGUAUAGUUUUGAAGAUCAUUUAAAUUUCUAUGAACUUACCUAGUGUGGUAGAUGAAAUUUCUUCCUCGAGCACUUCAUUUACUGAUCACCUUCAAGUUUGUUAACAUAGUGCAACAAAUAUAACUUUUUAUGUGGAAUUAAAAAAUGGAAGAAUGGAGGUUUUCCCAACAAAUAUGUACAAAGGAAAUAAUUUAAUAAGGAUUUAAGAAAUGUAAGAUGGUUUAAUAAAGGAUACAAGAAAAGGAGAAGAGAUUUAAAUGAGGGGGAAGGUAGAGAAAUUGUGAAUGGCCAUAUCUUGAGGAUAGUGGUUGAAUGUCUCUCUCUGAAUAAUUUAGCACUGUUUAAGCUCAAUGGUUGGACCUGAUGAUAACAGAGGUUAUUACAAUUUAAAAUAUAUAUAUAUAGUACAGUACUCUAUAUGAUAUAAUUUUGAGAUUUACAAACAUUUCUUGUAUAGGUACUUUGAAUCCAUACUGUUUUAUAUCAUAGUUGUAAUAAAUUUUUAUAUUGGGUUUUCAUUAUAUUUAUUUACACUGAGUUUGUAUAAAAUUGAAAGAUUGAACCAAAAAAAGAACAUGUUUUAUAGCUGAGGACAAAGAUGAGUGACUUGAGAGAUAUCUCCAAUAGAACGCCCCAUUUGAGCUUGCCUUCAACACGUUCCAGUAGCAGGCUGUGCUGAUAACAGAUGAUUGUAACUGCUGAAUGCAUCAAGCCAGUGAAAGUUGAACAGAAAGCUGGUCGUGGUGUGAUACGCAUUGAUGGUGAUGGAGCAGAUGCUUUGGCAGCGCCAAAGUUUGAAAAGGCCAAGAUUACACUGAAUGACUGCUUGGCAUGCAGCGGCUGUAUCACAUCAGCGGAGGUAGUUCUGGUCAACCAACAAAGUCAUGAUGAAUUUUACAGAGUUCUUGCAGAAAACAAUGAGCUUCAGGAUUCAGAGAAGAAGACAGUUGUAGUGUCAUUGUCUCCCCAGGCAAUAAUUUCCAUUGGUGCUAAGUUUUUCCUUAGUGCUGAUGAAUGUGCUCAAAGAUUAGCAGGUUAUUUAAAAAAGUUGGGUGUCCACUACAUCUUUGACACUAACUUUGCACGAAGCCUGAGUUUGUUGGAAGCACAGAAGGAAUUUCUAGAACGAUACAGAAGAAGAGAAUCUGAUUCGAAAGCCUUACCAAUGCUUACCUCUGCCUGCCCAGGUUGGAUAUGUUAUGCAGAAAAAACUCAUGGGUCUUUUAUUUUGCCUUAUAUCAGCACUACCAGAAGUCCACAGCAGGUGCUGGGGUCUUUAGUAAAGAACUUAUGGGCCUCACAGAAGGGUAUCCCUUCCAAUAAGAUUUAUCAUGUGACUGUUAUGCCUUGCUUUGACAAGAAAUUAGAAGCUGCUCGAGAUGACUUUUACAAUGAGCUGUAUGCAACACGUGAGGUGGAUUGUGUUAUUACAUCAGUGGAGGUUGAACAAAUGCUGAUUAGGGAUCAGGUUGAUAUAACCUCUGUUAGCCCAGUAUCAUUGGAUGUUGACCUGAGCUCUGGGCCUGUGUUGACCUCCCAUCAUGGGUCAUCAUCUGGGGGUUAUGCUCACAAUGUAUUUAUCAGUGCUGCCAAGGAACUCUUUAACCAGGAUCAAGAUAAGCUACAAUGGAAAACCUUAAGGAAUGCAGAUUUCCGUGAGGUUACCUUGGAAGUCAAUGAAGAAGUUGUGUUACGAUUUGCACUGGCCUAUGGCUUCCGAAAUAUUCAGAACUUUGUGCAGAAACUUAAGAGAGGGAAAAGUCACUAUCAUUAUGUUGAGGUCAUGGCCUGCCCCUCAGGAUGUUUAAAUGGUGGAGCACAGAUUCGUCCAGACAGUGGGACCUCAGUUAAAGAUUUAAUAUCAAAAUUAGAAGAAGCCUAUGAACUGCUACCAUCUGUUAAUCCAAGUAAUGAUCUCAGAGUGGAAAAUUGCUACUCAGAAUGGCUUGGAGGAGCAGAUUCAGAGAAGACUCAAAUGCUUUUACACACAAAAUAUAAAGCUGUGGAAAAGACUACCAAUGCUUUAGGUAUUAAGUGGUAACAAAAUAGUAUUCUCUAUAUAUAUUUUGUAUAUAUUUUACUGUAUGUAGUAUAUUCUGCCUUCUUCUGUGAGAUUCUGUUUUGAUAUUUCCUCAGGGAAUGCAAAUAUCACAAAUUGAAAAUCAGUUGCACCUAACUGAGGGCAGAGCCAGAUUUCUGAAUAGACCAGCUAGGUCAUGGUCUCGGGUGGCAGCUUACGGUGGGGUGUCAAACCUGUCACUAAGUUGUAUAUGUAUGUACUGUACUUUCUAUGUGUGUCGUGCACAUUUAUGCGGAGAAAUAAAGCUAUAAAGUCAA